AUGUCUUUUACAAGAAGAAGUUGCAUUUCUGGGCUCUUUCUCUUGUUCUUAGCUCUUGCUUGUGAAGCGAAUUCCGGGUUUAUAGGAGUUAAAGAUUCUCAUUUUGAACUCAAUGGAUCCCCUUUUCUAUUCAAUGGUUUCAACUCAUAUUGGUUGAUGCAUGUUGCUGCUGAUCCUACUGAAAGAUACAAAGUCACUGAGGUUCUUAAAGAUGCUUCUACCGCUGGUCUUUCUGUUUGUCGUACUUGGGCUUUUAGUGAUGGAGGUGAUAGAGCAUUACAAAUAUCACCUGGUGUUUAUGAUGAACGUGUUUUUCAGGGCUUGGAUUUUGUGAUCACGAAACCUAAGAAAUAUGGUGUUCGUUUAAUAUUGAGCUUUGUAAAUCAAUGGAACGAUUUUGGAGGAAAAGCUCAAUAUGUUUUCAUUAUAUAG